UAUAUUCCCGCGAUACUCUGACUACUUCCGGUUAAAAGUAACGACCUCUAUCACUAGAGUUCGCCCCAGUACCGAAGUCAGUCUUUUUCUGUUCGGAGCUUACAGUUCCAAGAUGACGAAAGGUACUUCCAGUUUUGGAAAGCGGCACAAUAAAACCCACACUUUGUGCCGAAGAUGUGGACGUAGUUCGUACCACAUCCAAAAGUCGAAAUGUGCUCAGUGUGGAUACCCAGCUAAAAAAAUGAGAUCAUACAACUGGUCAAUCAAAGCCAAAAGGAGGAAGACCACUGGUACUGGACGCAUGCGUCACUUGAAAAUCGUACGCCGUAAAUUCAAGAACGGAUUCAGAGAAGGAGUACCUAAGCCGAAAGCUGUCGCAGCGAAAUAAUUAAAUAGUUAUUAUAACAACAAUUUAAAUCGGCAGACAAUACAUCAAUAAAAAAUCUGUAACAUCUUUAUAAAAUCACGUAUUGUUUAUAA